UAGUCUGUGAUCCGGAGCGGCGGAGGCGUAGAUUAGAUGUGGUGUGCUUAUUUUCCUUGGUGUGUUAGUUUUAGGUUCCUGCUUCGGUGGUGCAGGUUAUUGGACUUGUUUUAGUUGAGUUAGCUUUUUGGCAUGAGAAUGAAAGAGUAAUAAAAUAAUACAGUCUUCUUAUAGUACAGUAACGACGUUACGUUUGUGGAAUGGUGAAUCAAGACGAGAGGUAGAAAAAGUUGAGUGUUGUGUUUUUGUGGUUCUCACAUUCUUACUUUAGCUUGAAAAAAUUAAAAGUGUCCAAGACCACGCCGGCAAUCGUGCUUACAGGUACUAGGUUUCAGUGCAGCAGUACACCAUUGUACACGUAUUAGUAGUAGAACAAUCAUGAUGAUGUAGAUUUACUGCAACAACGUUACGUUUCGUAUCAAGUAAGUAGUACUAGUAGCUCAAUACCGGGCAGCGAUCACUGUAGUGAUGGAGAAGAAGCUAGAGGCAGCCAAGCACCUCUUAGUCCAUCUCUACGAGAAUGACAGGCUGCCUGACGAUAGAAUCACCCGAGAGCAGCUUCGUAUCGAAUUGAGCAGUUUCAAGCAGAAGCAUGGGUGUCCAGGCGGACUUAGCGCGGGCACGGCAAUGUACGUGUUGAAGACCUUCCGCCUAGCUCGGGUGGUAAAUGGAGACCUGUUGGUGGUGCUAGCGAAAGGAAUCAAACUCAGCAAAGGUGAAUUGCUUGGUGCGGCCGUACCUGCAGCUACCAAUGUACAGCAGCGAAGUCCGAGCACCAAGAAAAAACGCCGCGCUGCGAAGGGAAAGCGGAAGAAACGUGCCGCUGCACUGGCUGCGGAAGACACUACGAAAGGUCCUGACUCAAAGUCUAAGUCAGCCUCAAAAGCCCUAGCAAAGGAGGUGUUGGUACACAGCGCUGUGAAGGUGUCGUCUGACCAUGAUAUUGUGGACGGUAUUAUUACAGUGGGUGAUGUUCGAGUUGACCUAGAGGAGCGACCUACUGUCCCAAUAAUCUGCAGCAAUGAGUCCGAGGAAAUUCUUACGCUACAGUCCUGGAAGCUGAAAGUCGGCCCAGACAUCAACAAUGUGUAUGACCGCAAGCAAUGUGCCGGCAAAGAGCUGGCUCCAGGUGAUGAACUUCAGGUUCAAGUUUGCUGCAAUGGCAACCAUACUCUGCUUGGCACACGGAACGAUAUCUGUGAAUUUGUCUUCAGCGUGCCGGCUACCGAGAAUCAGAUUGUUGUGAGAUAUUUACUCUCUGUGCGCUACGUGGAUGAGGUGACAUGUUUACCUGCAAAUCAGCCCAAAGGACGUUUUUCAAGGCGCAAAAACUUGGUGAUAUCCCACAAUGAGCAGACCUUGAUAGGUGACGAGUCAAUUAUGCCGGCAAAGCCCGAAAAAGACGGUCUGGACAUUACAAAGUGUCCACUCAAGCAGUACAGGGAGGAUUCUGUCAAAUCUGUGCUCCGCUCCUACUUUGAGGGUUUCGAAGACCACCAGUGGUGGAUAUGGCAGUAUACCGUAGCUUCAAUGGAUGGAGGUGAGGUUUUGCCAAUUUGUCUAGACACGCUGCUGAUGAAGGAACUGUCACCGGACAACUACAAGCAAAGGCACCUAGUGCUGCUACUUUUGGAGCAUCGUCAAGAAGACGCUGACAUUCACAAGUAUGAUUUGCCUGCUGCUACAAUGAAGAGGGUUGGUACCUAUCUCUCCUUGAAGGUGCCCGGCCUGGCAGAAAACCGACCAUCCUUGCUAAGAGGUGAUUUCCUGGUGGCCGAUUUGAAGUGGAAAGGCUAUGUCCAUCGUGUGGAACGUGAUGGAGUUUUACUGAAGUUCCAUUCACGAUUCCAGGAUCCCUUCAUUAAUGGAAAGACGUGCAAGAUCACAUUUUCCAUCAAUCCUACCCUCUGGUGGCUGAAGAAUCGUGCAAUUUGCACUGCCAUGACAUCUUUGGUAGAAGAUGGAGUGUGUUCCAUGCUCUUUCCGGAUACUGCAUGCCUGCCACAUCAAGGAUGUCGCAAAACUCUCAAUAAAUUCUACAAUUCCAAGGUGGAACGCAAUGAUCAGCAGCGGCAUGCAGUCGAGAGUAUUGUUUCUCGGACAUCAGGCAAAGCACCAUAUCUAGUGUUUGGGCCACCGGGCACUGGAAAAACCACCACAAUUGUUGAGGCAAUCCUCCAGGUUGCAAGCGCCUCCCGCUCCAAGUGCCGAGUGUUAGUAUGUACACCGUCGAACUCCGCUGCAGACUUGAUCACUGCUCGUGUCAUGGAGUCCACGCUCAUCCCAGCAGAGUAUAUCCUGCGACUGAAUGCGCAUAGUCGUAAUUGGGCGUCUCUUCUCAAUGAUGAUGUGAAGGCAGUAUCCCAGUAUGAUCGUGCAAAUGGGUGCUUCUUCUUCCCAUCUUUGGAAGAAAUCUGCAGAAAGAGGCUGGUGGUCUGCACAUUGACAACCUCUGGACGACUUGUGUCAGCCGGCAUGUCAAGAGACCAUUUCACGCAUAUAUUCAUUGAUGAAUGCGGCCAUGCAGUGGAAGCAGAGUGCUUGAUACCAUUGUCAGGUAUGGUCAGGCUUGGCUCUACUCAGGUUGUGCUGGCUGGUGAUCCAAAGCAACUUGGUCCUGUCGUCCGGUCACGCUAUGCCCAGAAGGAAAAAGACACUCGGGGGACCCUGUUGCCUGAGGGUAUUGAAGCAGCAGUAGAGACAGAGCGUCACAACAAGAAGCAUGGACUUGAAGUGUCUUUUCUGGAACGGCUCAUGACCGUGUGUGACUUGUACCAGCGGAAGGAAGAUAAGACGUACAACUCAGACGUACUCACAAAGCUGGUGAACAAUUACCGAUCGCAUCCGGACAUCUUGAAAAUCCCCAAUGAGCUAUUCUAUGACUCGGAAUUGAUUCCUUGUGCUGACGAACUGGUCCGAGAAAGACUUUGCAAGUGGACCAGCUUACCGCCCAAAACUUCGAUUCGUGGAGGAAGCGGGCCCAUCAUUUUCCACGGCGUGUUGGGGAAGGACGAACGCGAAGCAAGCAACCCGUCUUUCUUCAAUGACAAGGAAUACCGUCUUGUCAAGAAGUAUGUUGAUCAGCUGAGAGAAAUCCGUGGACUGGCUCAUUUGUCCGACUCUGACAUUGGUGUGAUCAGCCCCUAUCACAACCAAGUGACCAAAAUCCGAUCUCUGCUCAAAAAGGACCAUGAAACAAUCAAAGUUGGUACUGUGGAAGAGUUUCAAGGCCAGGAGCGCAUGGUCAUUAUCAUCUCUGCAGUGCGCAGCCAGCAGAAGUAUGCUGAUAUCGAUGAAACGUAUGGUUUGGGUUUUCUCAACAAUGAAAAGCGCUUCAAUGUGGCUGUAACACGAGCCAAGGCGUUGCUAAUUGUCAUCGGCAACCCAUACAUACUGGAAACAGACCGUUCAACGUGUUGGACGCGAUUCUUGAAGAUGUGCAUAGAUAACAGAUGGUACGUAACAAGCAAAGACGAUGAGUGCAUCUAUCCUGUUAAGUCGACCCAGGAGACCUAUGGACCUGGGGAUGAACCUGGUGAUGAUGACGAUCUUGGUCUUACGUUUGACCACCGUCAAGAUCCUGGGAUCGAUCGCGGCGAGCUCACCUGAUUUCAUUGUCACAGUGUGUGCUGUCCUGCGGAGGUAACACAUGAGUGUACUUGCGUAUCUAGUUUUCUUCUCUCUUUUUUUAGGUUGACCUGAUGGUAGAUAGUGAAACGCCACUGGUGAUCAUUUCCGUUUGUUCUUUGCUUGCUGAAUCUAAACCCACUCGUUUCCAGAUAUUCAACUGAGCACACGAUCAUUUUUUAAACAGUGCAUUUUGCUUUUCAACUCCAUGACUUAUUUGUAUCUGAAAGUAUGCCAUGCUGAAUACUGGGUAGGAUAAUGACAUAAACGCAUAAUGAUGGUUUUUAAAUUUGCAUUUACUUAUGGAUUACAGAACUGAUAACGUCACUGACUAGUACAUAGUGCGAGUGUGAACAUAAGUUACAGAACUGUUGAAUGCUGGAUGCCUUAUUGAUAACCAAGAACCGUUCUGAUGUCAUUGGCUAUGUUGUACGUUUUUUUUAUUUACUCUUGUGGGAAAUCUUGAAACUAACUGCA